GGCGGUGAAUGUUUUUGUUUCUGAGACGAACGACGAAUGAUACAAAAAAGGUGAUGUUGUAUGUUUGAUUGGCGCUUUUGUGCAGGACAUUCUUUCACUUUCGUGGGCUUCUUUUCUGACACUCUUAUUUGGUAACUUCAUCUCAUUGACGGAAGUUCCAGUCUACUUGUAAGUAACCUUAUUUUCCUUGUUUCCAUCAUCCGAGCAGUGAAAAUGGCAAAGAAACCGAAGGCAAAGCGUACGACGACCGAGGUCAUCAAGGCUGACGGUAAGCUGAAAAACAGCGAGAAGAAGAAGCUGAACCGUCAAGCCGCAGCACCUUUGUCGAAGCAGCUUUUGGCAGACAAGAGCUUUGGCCAGAACUUCUUGAAAAAUCCUGGUAAGAAACACAUUAAAAAUUUUUAUGAGUGGAUCAAUUGAUGAUACCCAUUUAAUUGUCUUGUUGGAUACAUACUAAAUCAAUUAUGUAUAUGUUGACGAUUUCUUUUCUUGUCAAACCCAAAGAACCAGACGCUUAUACUAUUUUUUUUCAAAUGAAACAGGUAUUUUGGACAAGAUUAUGACUGCUGCCGAUAUCCAGGGUCACGAGAUUGCGUUUGAAAUUGGUCCUGGUACAGGAAAUUUGACUUCGCGCUUAUUGAAGAGUUCGAAAACCGUGAUCGCGCAAGAGAUCGAUCCACGCAUGGUUGCCGCCGUUCAGAAACGAGCACAGGCGGAAGGCACCUCUGCCCGCCUGACGCUCCGGCAAGGUGACUGUCUCAAAGCGGACUGGCCUCCAUUUCACGUUUUAGUGGCAAACUUGCCUUACCAGAUUUCAUCGCCGUUCACGUUUAAACUCUUGGCACACAAUAAGGGCAAGUGGCGAACUGCAGUAGUCAUGUUUCAAAAAGAAUUCGCAGAGCGAUUAGUCGCCCAACCAGGAGAGCACUUCUACGGCAGACUGGCACUCAACUGCAGACUGUUCGCUAAGGUGCUUAUCGAAUAUCAUGAUACGCUAUCUACUUGUUAGAGCUCGUAAUCACUUGUCUAAGAAGAGCAAUCGACGAUCGACAUAAUAUUCUUGUCGUGUUGGAGAAGUUUAUCUUGUGGUGCUAAAGAAAAACUGACUUGUAAGAUUGAAGCAAGCUCCCCCUCCUGGACAGUCCCUUAUCAAUCUCCCCCACAAUCAAUGUAUUAUCACACGCAGGUUCAGCGCGUUUGCAAGGUCGACCGCAACUCGUUCACGCCUCCACCAAAGGUAGAUAGUAUGGUGGUUAAGUUUACGCCUGUCGACAGCCCUAUUGAUGUCGAUUUUAAGGAGUGGGAUGGCCUCAUGCGGGUAGUUUUUUCGCGAAAACGCAAAACUCUUGCUGCUUCCUUCCGAAAUAAGUGCAUCCUGAAAAUCUUGAAGCAGAAUUUUCUGACCCAUUUCCAGAAUGCACGGGGUGUCAGCAUCUUUGCAAGUUCAGCGAAAAUCGAAGACAGCGCGCGUGAGAAGCUCCGGACUGAAUUGCUGCAGCGAUACGAGACCACUGGGGCUGCUUCGACCACUACAGACAUGAACAAGAAUGGGACUAGCUCAGGUAAUCAGCCAAGUUGCUCGACCCCAUCUUCUCUCUUCGGCGGUGCAAACCAGAGCGCGAACUCAACAUCUGGGGGAUUACAACUUUCCCUCGGAGGUAGUGGCAGCGGUUUGCAACUCUCGCUUGGUACUAGGGGUAGCGGAUCGUCUUCCAGUUCUUCGACUAGGUUUGCCAUGAGCACUGGAGCCGAAGAUGCGACGGAAGAUGCCAGUACGUCACCAAAAGGCGACUCGGUCACCAUGUCGAGCAGACGCAGCAUCACUUUGCGACGGGAUGGUGAUGAUGACCAGGAGGAGGAUGAAAGAAGAAGUAAGGGACCAAAAAAACUGCGAGGACGAGAGCGGGAGAAGAGACGAGAGCAGCGACACGACGACUCUACGGACGAUGACGCGCCGGCGUGGAAGCAGAAGAUAAAAAAGCCAAAGCGUGGAAAUCCACUAGCAGGCAAAAGCAUGGUGCAACAGAUGUUUGCACAGCGUGCAUCAACCAGUACGAGAUUGGAUGACGGCGCACUUUCUAUGAUGACAGACGACGUUAGCCCAACCCCAAGUAACAAUGAUGCUUCGACACCUGCGACAACUGCUAGUACAGUUAGCGCGACAGCCAGCCUGCGGUCAGAAACUGAUUUCAACAAAAUUUUUCUCGCUUAUUGCGUGUCCAUCCUAGAAGAAGUAGACGUCGCACAAAAGCGUGCCAUUAGCAUGGACCUCAACGAAUUCCUAAAGCUGCUCCUUGCUUUCAACAGAAGAGGGAUACACUUUUCGAACGUGACUGAUGGCGCACCAGGUAUUCCAGACGAAGACUGCGAAAUGGGCGAUGAUGAUUCAGACAACGACCUGUAGUCAUGCUAUUGAUGUCCUAAUCACGAGAGUCUUCGUUUAUGAAUACGCCCCCAAUUGCAAUUCCUGUAACUCUCUUGUGAAUCAGUGCAAUUAACGAAUAAAGUAGAACGUACCAUAGAUGAUCACAGCAAACAAGUCG